AUGAUCAAUAACGAUUGCGACGAGGAAGUGUUCCUGUUGCCGCUGAAGAAAAAGGAUCAAAAGGACAGGCGGUGCGUUACGUGGAAAUACGAGAGCACGAAAGGGUGCGACUGCGGGUGUCCGCCGGGAUCGGAUGCGGAGGAGCCACGCGAUGCCGGAUGUCGGUUCUCGGACCCGCGCAGAAUCGGCGGCCGGUUCGAGGACUCGGACGAAUGGAAAAAGACCAAGUGCACGGCGGCGGGUCUUUUCCGCACGCUGGGUCGGUACUAUGAUGAGACGUGGUUCCCGACCGUGAUCAACGAGUGGUCUGACCUGUACUAUCGGUGCAACUAUAGUGGCAACUACUGGAAAUACAGGGACCAAUGGCUGGCCGGCGACAAGGAAGUCCGUCUGGAGGUGUGGGCCGAGAUCCUCAGGUAUCGUAACAAGUACGAUAAACGCCGUCAGGAGCGGUGCACUGAAGACGAGGACGCCGCAAAGAUCGAGGAAAUAUGCGGAUCCGUGGACGAGGCCAACGAUGUGAUCGACCUGAAGAAAUUGAGCGCGCAAGAUCUGAACUACAACGAACUGGACGAGCCGAGCGCGGCGGAAAGAGCGAAGGCGGAAACGGAAGCGGCCGAAAUAGCGAUGGCCGACCCGGACGACGAUCCCGACUGGGUGGAAAUGCGGCGCCGGAUGCGGGGAUCGUUCGCGGCGCUCAACCGGGCCCGGUGCGAGGUGAACAACGAGAUGUUGCGUCACGUUAUGGUCGAACUGUGCAACUAUUGGUCGAGGGUGCCGAAAAUCCAGGACGAAAUCGAACCGCUCCUGGAGAACAACAUUUUGCGUGAGAUCCAAAACUUCCGGUUCAAACUGUUCGACGUAGCCGCGGUAAUCGACCCGGACAGCUUGCCACCGAACGCUGACCGAUGUCGGCCGGGGUCGGAAACGGAAGAAUGUUGCGAGCAAGCACCGCCACCGGAGCAACCGCGUCCACCGCCGUGUCCACCCGCGGCCAAAGCGAAGCAAAGGCCAAAGUCGGCGACAGCUUGCGCCCGUAAGCCGAACACCAAUAAGUUGACCGAGGCCCGAGCCCGUCAAACCGCCGCCAGGUUACGGGACCGUGAAAAUCCAACCGGCCGAAAUUAA